UUUGAUGAAUAGUAAUCCCCGUUAAAAUAAUGCAAAUGCAGUCAAGGCAAGGGCUAGACGUCGAUUGCCUUCUCAUGUGGGAGGCAGGGUUCUUUUCACAACGGGUUCGUUAUAAACGGACGGAUUGAGAUGGGGCCAAACCUCUGAAAUCGCCAGGGAUGAGAAGAGAUCUUUCCGUCGCCGCCGAGCCAAAGGAAUGGUGUUGACUUCGCUUCUAUGGAUGCUGGUGUCCUACCUGAGCAUUUUUGUCCUCUUCCUCCUCGCAUGGGGAGUGUGGUACAACCUGAGAAGGACACACAUCCCCCAAGGAAUCGCAAUACCCAGACUCCUAUGGCUUGCUACUUUUAUCUCCAGCUGUGCAUUAAUGCUGGCAUUGGUCCUCGAGAAACUUGGCAUUUGCUAUCGAUAUAAGGUCUGGAGGGUUCUAAUGGAUGGAAUAGCGCCUAAAAAGACCUCAAAGCUGAUCAUCAAGGAUUUAUUCUUCGACGAGAUUCCUGUGCGGGUGUAUUGGCCCAAAACGCCAUCUGCUGGGAACAGAAGAGGAAUGGUUUACAUUCAUGGGGGAUGUGGCUUGUUUGGAAGCAUUCGAUCACAUGAAAGGAUGAGCCGUUACAUUGCCCGGGAAGGCGAUACUGUGGUUGUGAGUGUUGGGUUUCGUUUGGCUCCAGAGCAUCUGUUUCCAGCCCAGAUUCUAGAUUGCUGCACUGCUACUAUACACUUUUUGAAAAACGCAACAAAAUACGGAGUCAAUCCGAAUCGCAUUGUCGUUUGUGGAGACAGUAGCGGCGCCACAUACGCCGCAGCUGUUAGCCAACAACUAGCAAUAAAGAAGGAUCUCCCAAAGCUCCGAGCUCAGGUCCUACUCUACCCGUUCCUCCAGGUAUUGGAUUUCAAUUUGCCUUCAUAUCAGCAAAACCAUUCUGUGCCCCCCUUGUUUAAGAAACGUGCAAUCCGACUUGGCAUCAUCUACCUGACCGGGGAGAAUGUGGAUGUGGAUGGUUUUAUGAGGAACGCCCAUGUGCCCCCCGAUGAAUGGGUGAAAUACAGAAAAUGGAUCAACCCAGACUACAUUCCAGAAGAAUUUAAAGCCCAGGGUUACGUGCCGAUGGAGCCAGCUCCGUUUAGCCAAGACCUUUAUGAGCAGUGUAAGGAAGCCGGCAAUAUCAUGUUUUCCCCACUUAUGGCUGAAGACGACAUGAUCCGUCAGCUCCCCGAGACUUUCCUGAUAACCUGUGAACACGACAUUCUCCGAGACGAUGGCCUGUUGUACAAGAAGCGUCUAGAAGACAAUGGCGUGCCAGUGACGUGGCAUCACAUUAAGGAUGGGUUCCAUGGAUUCAUGUUUUUCAUCGACUACGGCAUUCUUGAACCACCAGUAACACGAAGCAGCUACAAACACUUAAUACAUUUCUUAGAAGGUUUAUGAUAGGAUUCCAGAAUGUUGUGUUGCUGUUGUUGAUGAUGAUGAUGACCCAGUUUUUUCUCUGCACAAGGAGACUCAAAGCAGCUUACAUUAAAAAUUGAAAAAUUGAAACAAUUUACCAAUUUUUCGGAAUUAUUUUCGGAUGUCUGGUCAAGGUUUACAAUCUCGCAGUUUCCCUGGCCUCCCUGGCAACAAGCGGCGAUGCGGAAGGGCAAG